AUGCGGCGGCGCCGGCCGAGCCGGGGCGGACGCGGGGCGGCCCGGGCCGGGGACACGCGCCGGUAGUCCCGGCGCUGCAGCGGCCGCAGGAUGGCCGAGGCUAUCGGCUGCACUCUGAACUGUAGCUGCCAGAGUUUCAAACCCGGGAAGAUAAACCACCGCCAGUGUGAGCAGUGCAGACAUGGAUGGGUGGCCCAUGCUCUGAGCAAGCUGAGGAUCCCCCCCGUGUAUCCCACAAGCCAGGUGGAAAUUGUCCAGUCCAAUGUGGUGUUUGAUAUUAGCAGCCUCAUGCUCUACGGGACCCAGGCCAUCCCUGUUCGCCUGAAAAUCCUAUUGGACCGGCUCUUCAGUGUGCUGAAGCAAGAUGAGGUGCUGCAGAUCCUGCACGCCUUGGACUGGACCCUUCAGGAUUACAUCCGGGGAUACGUGCUGCAGGAUGCCUCAGGAAAGGUGCUGGAUCACUGGAGCAUCAUGACCAGUGAGGAAGAGGUGGCCACCCUGCAGCAGUUCCUUCGCUUUGGGGAGACCAAGUCCAUCGUGGAGCUCAUGGCAAUCCAAGAGAAAGAGGAGCAGUCCAUCAUCAUCCCGCCAGCCGCGGCGAACGUGGACAUCAGGGCGUUCAUCGAGAGCUGCAGCCACAGGAGCGCCAGCCUCCCCGCCCCUGCGGACAAGGGGACCCCCAGCAGCCUUCACCCUUUUGAGAACCUCAUAAACAACAUGACUUUCAUGCUGCCCUUCCAGUUCUUCAACCCCGUGCCCCCCACGCUGAUAGGGUCACUGCCCGAACAGUACGUGCUGGAGCCGGGACAGGACCAGAGUCAGGAGCCCAAACAGGAGAUGCACGGACCCUUCCCUGGCGACGGCUUCUUAACCUCCAGUCCUGCGUCAUUUCAGGCGGAAAAAGAGCCGUGUCUAAACUGCCCGGACACGGUUCCCAAAAAGGAAGACGGUGCCCCUUUAAGUGAUUCCAGCUCCUACAACAUUGUCACCAAGCUUGAAAGGACACAGUUGUCCCCCGAGGCCAAAGCGAGGCCCGAGAGGCACAGCCUGGGUGCCAAGAAGGGCCGCGUGUUCUGCACGGCGUGUGAGAAGACCUUCUACGACAAAGGCACGCUCAAGAUCCACUACAACGCCGUCCACCUGAAGAUCAAGCAUAAGUGCACCAUCGAAGGGUGUAACAUGGUCUUCAGCUCCCUGAGGAGCCGGAACCGUCACAGCGCCAACCCCAACCCCCGGCUGCACAUGCCCAUGAACAGAAACAACAGGGACAGAGACCUGAGGAACAGCCUGCACCUGGCCGCCUCGGGGGGCUGCGAGCGCCCGGGCUUCCCGGCCCCAGACUGCAGGCCCCUGCCUGGCUACGCGGCGUCCGGGGAUGACCCGGGGGGCCAGCCGGCCUUCCCGAGCGUGGGGCAAAACGGGGUGCUUUUCCCCAACCUGAAGACGGUCCAGCCGGUCCUUCCUUUCUACCGCAGUCCGGCCACGCCAGCCGAGUUGGCCAACACCCCCGGCCUGCUCCCUUCCCUCCCUCUCUUGUCUUCUUCCAUCCCGGAGCAGCUGGUUUCAAACGAAGGCCCGUUCGAUGCCCUUCCCAAGAAGAAAUCCCGCAAGUCCAGUAUGCCCAUCAAAAUAGAGAAGGAGGCCGCGGGGGUAGCCAAUGACAAGAGGCACGCUCUCAGCUCAGAUGAAGACGCGCCCCUGCGGGUGGCCGGCGAUGACGAGCCCGAGGCCUGCAGCCCCCGGUCGUCGGACAGAGCACCUGGGACGUGGCACGCACGGUCCGGGGGCCCGGGGGCGCCCCUCCCAGAGGGGGAGAGGGUCUGCCAUCUAGACUCAGGGACGGAGUCGAGCGGAGCCAUGAGCAGGACCCCCGAGCGGGCCACACGGCCCCCAGAGAGGGCGGCUGAGCAGAAGCCAGGCCUGACGGCGGUGCCACGGGAGCCGGAGGCUGGUGGCCGCGAGCCUCGCCUCACAGCCGGGACAGAGCCCUGUGUCCCCUUCCCUGACUACAUCCACCUGCAGCAGCGCCUGCUGGCUGGCGGGCUUUUCAGCGCUCUGUCCGGCGGAGGAAUGGCUUUUCCUUGUUUCGAGGACGUCAGGGAGCCGGAACCUGUGGGUCAGCACACGUUAGGGAGGCAGAAGGAAGACACUCGCUUCCAGUGUGACAUCUGCAAGAAGACCUUCAAAAACGCUUGCGGUGUGAAAAUGCACCACAAGAACAUGCACGCCAAAGAAACACACGUGUGCACGGUGGAGGGCUGCAAAGCCACCUUCCCCUCACGCCGGAGCAGAGACAGACACAGUUCAAACCUAAACCUCCACCAAAAAGUGUUGACCCAGAAAGCACUCGAGAGCCCCGAAGACCAUUUCCAUGCAGCUUACCUUCUGAAGGACGUGGCAAAGGAGACCUUCCAGGACGUGGCUUUCACGCAGCAAGCCUCCCAGACGUCUGUCAUCUUCAAGGGAGCGAGUCGGAUGGGCAGCCUGGUUUACCCGAUAACCCAAGUCCACAGUGCCGGCCUGGAGAGCUACAACUCCGGUCUGCCAAGCGAGGGCACCAUCUUGGAUUUGAGCACUACCUCGAGCAUGAAGUCAGAGAACAGCAACCAUUCCUCUUGGGACUCAGACGGGGCCAGCGAGGAAGGCACCAUGCUCAUGGAGGACAGUGAUGGGAACUGUGACGGGCCGAACCUUGUCCCCGGGGAAGAUGAGUACCCCAUCUGUGUCCUGAUGGAGAAGGCCGACCAGAGCCUCGCCAGCCUGCCUUCUGGGUUGCCCAUCACGUGUCACCUCUGCCAAAAGACGUACAGUAAUAAAGGGACCUUCAGGGCUCACUACAAAACCGUGCACCUCCGCCAACCCCACAAAUGCAAGAUUCCGGGCUGCAACAGCACGUUCUCGUCUGUCCGCAGCCGGAACAGACACAGCCAGAAUCCCAACCUGCAUAAAAGCCUGGCCUCCUCUCCAAGUCACCUAUAG